AUGGUUUGGGAUCAACUAGAUACUUCUAAAACACAUGUUGCCUAUGCAAUUGUUGCUGUAUUUUCUACCAUUUUUGCUUUAUGUUCCCUUUUUGUGAAAGAAAAAUUAUAUUUGGGUGAGGCGUCGGUGGCCACCCUUUAUGGCCUUAUUGUCGGGCCGCAUGCCUUGAAUUGGUUCAAUCCAUUUACUUGGGGUAAUUAUUUUAAUAUUACAUUAGAAAUAUCAAGAAUUCUUCUAUGUGUCGAAAUCGUUGCAGUUUCAGUGGAAUUACCCAAGAAAUACGUGUUGCAUCACUGGUUUCCGCUUUUUCUAUUGCUAAUUCCGUGUAUGACUGCUGGUUGGUUAAUUAUUGGUGCUUUUGUGUAUGCAAUCAUUCCAGGUUUAACUUUUGGCUACGGAUUAUUAAUUUCUGCUUGUGUCACGGCAACAGACCCAAUUCUUGCUCAAGCGGUUGUCGGUAAAGGUAAGUUUGCGAAAAGAGUCCCGGCUCAUUUAAGGAACUUACUAUCUGCUGAAUCGGCAUGCAAUGACGGUGUUUCUGUCCCAUUUGUUUAUCUUGCGCUUAAUAUUAUUCUGCAUGAGGGUGAUGCUUCCAAGAUUGCUAAAAAUUGGAUAUGCGUUACUGUUCUAUACGAGUGUCUCUUUGGUGCUAUUAUGGGUGCCAUUUUCGGUUAUUCAUGCAGAAAAGCUUUGCGCUUUGCUGAAGGACAUGAUUUAAUUGAUCGUGAGUCUUUCCUUGCCUUCUAUAUUAUGUUGGCCACUUUGUGUGCAGGAUUUGGCUCUAUUUUGGGGGUUGAUGAUUUGUUAGCAUCAUUUGCUGCUGGAACAGCAUUCUCGUGGGAUGGAUGGUUUACUGAUCGAACAGAAGAAUCCAACGUUUCGACAGUUAUCGAUGUCUUAUUGAACAUGGCAUAUUUCGUUUAUUUUGGUACAAUUGUUCCUUGGAGUGAUUUUAACAAUGCCGAAUUGGGCCUGAAUUGUUGGAGAUUAAUUUGUCUAGCUAUUGUUGUUCUUCUUUUAAGAAGACUCCCAGCAGUACUGCUAACUAAAUUCAUAAAUCCGGAUUUGAAAAACUGGAAGGAAGCUUUCUUCGUUGGUCAUUUUGGUCCAAUUGGUGUGGGUGCAGUGUUUGCAGCAAUUAUAGCUAUAGCUGACUUGGAAGCCGAUAUCUUGCAUAUAUCGCAUGGUCCGACAACGAAUUAUCCAACAGAAUCGGAAUAUUAUCAGUUGAUUCGAAUUAUCUGGCCUACGGUAUGCUUUUUAAUCAUUACAUCCAUCAUUGUUCAUGGUUCUUCGGUUGCAGUUCUGGUUCUAGGUAGACAGCUACAGUCUAUGACGUUUACUAUGACAUGGACUAAGGCGGAAAGUGGAGAUAUUAGAAGUGGAAAUUGGUUUAACAGAUUACCCAAAAUCGAAAGAUCUGGAACCUCUUUUUCGAUCAAACGGAUUGACACCAUGGCUCCUUCAGAGGAAGGGGAGUUUUAUUCGGGAUCUAGUGACGAGAAAUUUGCAGAUGAAAAACAGAAUGCUAGACUCAAUGCUAAUAUUGGAAUGGAAAGAUUCAAUGAGAUUAGUGCCAAUCCAACCAUUGAAACUUCUGGUGUGCCUGUUAAGCCGAGCGGGGGUGCUAACAGAAAGAAGAAGAAGAGAUUGCUCAAACAUAAAAGAAGUAAAAAGAGGAAGGCACCACCCGUUUCUGAAACUUUAGACCUAAAAAAUGGGCGUAAAAACCAUCCUGAUGAGGAUCGUGAAGCUAAUAAAGAUGAUGUUGAUGAAAAACAGGAUACGAUUUAUUAUCCAGUUGGUAAUGAGCCAUCGAUUUCUUCAAAAAACAACUCUAUCUCCGAGAUUGACGAAGCCACAAAUGUGCCAUUAGAUAAGCAGAAAAAGCUGGUACUGCCUCUCCAGAAAAUUAUUUCUAAUGCCACUCAACAUAGUGAUACUUCAAAAGAAGUAAUUGCAAAUGAUAUGGAAGGUACAAUUCAUGUUAAUCCUGAGGCUAUGAAGAAAAUUUCAGAAAACUUUGAAAUCGAUGAGGAUGACAUUAAGCCUGUUUAUGAUGAAGAUGGACAAUUAAGGAUACCAACACAAGCGAUCAAUUAUAAAGAUAAACUAGUUAUAGAAGAUCAACAUGGUGAGGUUUUGCAUACUGUUCCAAGUCGAAAUAGCACUUUAAGUUCAGCCUCCCGUUCGAACUCUUUAAGAUCACGCUCAGGUACAGUUAGAAAGCUUGCUACAAGUCUUGGCUUUUUUCCCUCUAGUGAAGCAGAAGAAAAAAAGGAACAAAAUGACUCAGCAGAUAACAUUGAUGAGCCGCCUAGUAUUGCUAAUGUGCUAGAAAAGGAGCCAUCGAAAAGAUCGACGACGUACAAAUCGAAAGGAAAAUCCAGAUCCAAUACAACAGCCUCAAAGAGUGCGCUGGAGAAAGUCAUUGACUUUGGUGAUGUUUUACUGCAAAAAAAUGUUGCUCCUCGUAGAACGAAAAAAUUACAUGGCUUUAGAGUUGAUGAUGAUAUUAUCAUUGAAAAUGAAGAUGGAGAAAUUCUAGGUAGAUACAAAGUCAACGUCAAGAAACAGAAGGCUCUUGAAGCCAAAGAAGGAUUAAGUGAAGACCAAUAUAAUAGGAAUUUAGUUGGUAAGGCAUUGAAGUAUUUUGGUUUGAAGAAAAGAAGGGAAAUACUCGAUGAAGAAAUGAAUCAAAUGACUAAUGGUGAUUUAAUUCCCGGUGACGGAGAAGUUGUUGACUUGGGUAUUGAAGAUAAAAUCAAACAUUUCAUCAAUGCUGACUCCAGUCAAGCUGUUGUUACAUUGCCCCCUCAUUUGAGGAAAUCACAUCUCUCAAGCUCUGAGAGAAACGCUGGAUUACGUUCUAAUAGGAACAAACAAGACUCUAGGAAUUGUUAUGAAGAAACAACAUCGGAAGAGUAUAAUUCUCACCAAAAUGAUGAUAGUUUUGAGGAUAGCUCAUCCAAUAAUAGCACUUAUUCCUCAGAUUCAAGAGACGUUUCACUUGAACCGUCAGAUCCGUUGUAUUCUGAGUCUAAGUUUGAAAAAGCCAGAAGGUCUGCGGCAUUAGAUAAAUCCAGACGUAAAUCCGAUGAUGAAGAGGAAUGA